AUAUGCACUAAAUGGUAAUCAAAUGUAGAAUAAUAGUCACGAAAUGGUUAGUUUUACGAACGCAGCUGUGAGGAAAGGACGACAUGAGGACAACACUGGGCUUUAUUGUUCUUUGGCUUUGCACAGGGGCAUUUGGCUUCCUCUUGACAAAGGAGGUUUGUUACAACACUGACGGUAUAGGCUGCUUCAGCAAUGCAAGACCCUAUGACAACGCCAAUGGCAAUGUCCCAGAGUCACCGGACCAUAUUCAGAUCAAGUUCCUGCUGUACACCCGUGCCAACACCAACGCGCCUCAGAUCGUUAGUAAAAUUCCCCUGUCCAUCCAGCAGUCACAUUUCUCCGGCGCCAAAAAGACCAAGUUCAUCAUUCACGGGUACCAGGAUGACGGCCACGGUCCAUGGCUGAUCACUAUGGCUCAUGCGAUACUCACAAGGGAAGACGCAAAUGUAUUUGUCGUGGAUUGGUCGAAAGGAGCUGACAACAUCAAUUACCUGCAGGCGGCGUCGAAUACCAGGGUCGUCGGUGCUCUUAUUGCGCAAUUCAUCACCCAACUUCACGCCACCGCCCAUGCGCAAUAUGGAGACUUUCAUUUGAUUGGUCACAGUCUUGGUUCACACAUUUCCGGUUACGCCGGUGAAAGGAUUCCCGGACUCGGUCGCAUUACAGGCCUUGACCCGGCCGGCCCUUCGUUCGAGAACAAGGACCCCAAGGUUCGUCUUGACCCUACAGAUGCCGUCUUUGUCGACGCCAUUCACACGGACGGGGACUCACUGAUUCAGCUUGGUUUCGGGCUCGAGCAGCCAGUCGGUCACGUCGACUACUUUCCUAAUGGCGGGGAGAAACAGCCUGGAUGCCCCAAUGAAUUCGGCCAACAUUUGUUUAACCUUAUAACACUGAAAAUUGAAGCGUUGACGGACGGUGUGGCUUGCAGUCACAUGCGCGUCCUUGACUUCUUCAUCGAGUCCAUCAACUCCAACUGCCACUUCGCGUCGUAUCCGUGCCGCAGCCUUGCCGACUUCAAGGCCGGCAAGUGCAACACGUGCGGUACCGGAUGUGCAAACAUGGGUUACGACUCAAACAACGGGCAUCCCCACCACGGCACUUACUACCUCUCCACCAAUGGCAAUCGUCCAUUCUGCAAAAAAGAUGAGGAAGAAGAAGAACAAGAUGCUGAUGAUUAUGAUGAUGAUUAUUGUUAUGAUAAUGACUAUGAUGAUAAUGAAGAAGAAAGUGAAGGAGGAACGUACGAGAUGAGGAUAACACUUGGCUUAUGUGUUCUUGGGCUUUGCACAGGGGCGUUUGGUUGCUGGUGGACCUUUAGAAAGGAGGUUUGUUACACAGCUGAAGGAAUUGGAUGCUUCAGCAACGCCAAACCAUAUGACAACGCCAAUUGUAAACUUCCAGAGUCGCCAAAUGCUAUUCAGGUCAAGUUCCUGCUGUACACCCGUGCAAACACCCAGUCGCCACAGAUCGUGACUAAAACUUCAGAUUCCAUCCAGGCGUCGCAUUUCUCCCGCACCAGAAAGACCAAGUUCAUCAUCCACGGUUACCAGGAUAGACACGGUCAAUGGAUGAGCAAUAUGGCACAGGCCAUAAUCAAAAGGGAAGACGCAAAUGUGUUUGCAGUAGAUUGGUCGAAAGGAGCUGACAAUAUCGAUUACAAUCAGGCAGCGGCAAAUACCAGGGUCGUCGGGGCUCUGAUCGCGCAAUUCAUAACGCAACUCCGAAACACUACGCAGGCGCAAUAUGGCGACUUCCAUUUGAUUGGUCACAGUCUUGGUUCUCAUAUUUCCGGUUACGCCGGGGAGAGGAUUUCCAAAAUCGGUCGAAUAACCGGCCUUGAUCCGGCCGGUCCCCAGGUCGAGAAAAAAGACCCCAUGGUUCGUCUGGACCCUACAGAUGCUUUGUUCGUCGACGCCAUUCAUACGGACGGCGACUCACUCAUUCAACUUGGUUUCGGGCUCAAGAAGCCAGUAGGUCACGUGGACUACUACCCUAAUGGCGGGGAAAAACAGCCGGGCUGUCCCAAAAAGUUAGGCCAACAUCUGUUCAACCUUAUUACAGGGAACAUUGGAGCGUUGACGGACGGUGUUGUUUGCAGUCACAUGCGCGUUCUCGACUUAUUCACCGAGUCCAUCAACUCUAACUGCCAUUUCCAGGCGCACCCGUGCAGCAACCGUUCUGACUUCAAUGACGGCCGGUGCAACACGUGCGGUACCGGAUGUGCAAACAUGGGCUACAACUCCACCAGCCAGCAUCCCCGUAGCGGCACUUACUACCUUUCCACCAAUGGCCAAAGUCCUUACUGCAAAGGCUGAAUGACGAAAUAAACGAGAACCUUGCUGCCAUGGCUAAAUGACUCUUUUUACUAGUUGCUUGUUUUCUUUACUGCCAAUCUUGAAUAAGGAAAUGACUGAAUACCUUCCUGACAUCGCUAAAGACGAAUUCUCUCGAGUUGCUGAUUUUUGAUCGAAGAAUAUGAUGUCCUUGUAAUAUAAUUUUAUCUAAAGUAUACUCCCUGCAAGAUU